CUUGAUAGCAUGGAGUCGAGUGUCUAACCGUCCAUUGGAGGAACUAUAUUUUCAUCAUAAUUUCUUUAUCGAAAGAGGAGAAAUGGAGCACUCUGCUUGUAUUUUGGAGGAAUUGAGGCAAUUUAUCGUAAAUGACGCCCCACCUACAGCAUAUUACAUCCCAGAUUUCAUAACAGAGGAUGAGGAGGCUUACCUUCUACAGCAGGUGUACAAGUCUCCAAAAACCAAGUGGACCCAGCUGUCUGGGAGAAGGCUUCAAAACUGGGGAGGUUUACCACAUCCUAAAGGCAUGUUGGCAGAAAAGAUGCCUGACUGGCUCCAGAUGUACUGUGAGAAAAUAUCCUCUCUUGGUGCAUUCAGUGGGAAAUCAGCCAAUCAUGUUUUGGUGAAUGAGUACAAACAAGGAGAGGGAAUCAUGCCUCAUGAAGACGGCCCUCUGUACCACCCUACUGUCACCACCAUCAGCCUGGGAUCUCACACUCUCCUUGACUUUUAUGCACCCAUCAGCAGCCUGGAGAGUGAUGCACCGCAGACAGAGGAGAACCGCUUCCUCUUCUCCUUGCUGGUGAAGCCGCGUAGUCUUCUGAUCCUGCAGGAUGAGAUGUACCAGCAUCUGCUUCAUGGCAUCCGGCCCUGUGCCCAGGACACGCUCACAGACAAGGUGGUGAACCUGUCUGCUGCUAAGGGUCUGCAGGGAGAGACUUUGAGCAGAGGCACCAGAGUGUCACUGACCAUACGACAUGUGCCAAAAGUUAUGAAGACUAAACUUAUACUGGGGAGGAAAUGAAGAGACUGCAGUUUGAGUGCUGAAGGCACAAAAACAAUCAAACAUGAUCAGUGGGAAUCUUGUCUCUGCUGCUUGAAUUAUAUCAUUCAUGUGUCUAUACUAGGAAUGCACUAUAGGAUUGGCACAUUGGUAUCUGCAGAUAUUAGCUUUAAGAGUUAAUUAUUACUUUGGGCAGAUAUUAAUGUUUCUGCUGAUAUUUACAACUAAUAUUUUGGCUUUAAAAAUCUGCCUAUAGUAGCUGUAAACAUUGGCCAUACGAACAAAGUUAGUGGCGUUUUAGGCUGGUUUAACAGAUCCACUUCUGCUGAAGUGUUUGUCGUUAUUCCUGUCACUACUUACACUUUAGAGUCUGUUUUAAGGACCAAAAUUUGUUAAUUCGUUCAUCUUUAAACUUUAAAUUGUCUGUUUUCAGGACUGACGUUUUAGGUCUGCAUUACAUUUGCAUAUUGAUACUGAUGUCGGCACGUGGGAUGUCAGAAAUCCAGUUUUGUGCAUCCCUAGUUUUUACUGAAUCACAACAUGAUUUCUUGAAAAUAUAUGCUGCCUUAAUUGAUCACACAGGAAGCUGUAGUAGCUUUUCUGGACAUUAUCGAGUAUUAUUAUACUUAGAAAAUUAAUAAGAUCAUAGGUUUAUCCCCAAAUUGUUAGCAGGAGAUCUAUGAAGCAAACAUCUGCAGAAAAAAGAUGACUAUGCUUAAUCAUGAAAAAUGUUGAUUAAAUGCUGUAAAAGUAAUCAAAUAUUCAUUGAAUGUUCAGAAAACAAGCUUAUGUAAAGUCUGAAAAUGAACCUCCACAUGUUCUUUAUGUUUACUUUAAAAUGACUAACCAUAUCUAUAUCAACAAAAAUUAUUAAUUUUGUUUCAUUAAUGUGUUCUUUUUCCAGCACUAAAACAUCAAACAAUUACAUAACUGUUUUUGAUUCUGUUUUUUGUAUGCACAAGAUAAAUCAGAGUUUUAUUUAAGGGCUACGAUUAA